UGAAAGUCGAGUUUAAGAUCAUCAGACAAAGCUGUUGCUGCGGCCUUGUUGAUCUACUUUGCCACUUACAGGCAACCUGACUUUAGCAUUCAUUCCGCUCUCUGAAUCGCUUUGUGUUUGGUAUAAGAAACCCCAGAGACUGUCUCGAGUCUUUCAUGGCUUUUGUCACUCGUGAUAUAAGUUCCAGUACCGUGCAAUAACCCCGCAGUUCGCCAGCAGGAGAAGGCACAGCACACCAGCACCACCAACAACCACCACAAGACCCUCCUCGCCUCGUCCAAGAGGGUUCAUCCGCUCAGGCCCUUUGUCCUCUCUCAAUCGCAUCUCAAUCCCAACCCCUCCCAUCCCAAGCUUAACAUCAACCCCACUAAAUCCAAGCACCCCCGCAUACCAUACCAUCCCAUAUCAUACCAUUGCAUAUCAAGGGGAAAGAAGGGUCAACUCCAAGAGUGAAAAAGGAAAAUCAAGGAAAAAGAUAAGAUAAAGAAGAUGGUCGAGCGCGCCAACAAGCCCAAACCGCCGACGCUGGCGGCCACGCCCGGCCUGCCGCCGCAGCCGACCGUGACCUUCUCGGACGACAACUCGCGCGUGACGGCGGUGCUCCCCACGGGCGAGAGCGUCGAGGUGCUGCUGUACGGCGCCACCGUCAUCUCGUGGAAGGAUGCCGCGGGGGACGAGAAGCUGUGGGUGAGCGAGGCGGCCAGGCUGGACGGGAGCAAGCCUGUCCGGGGAGGGAUUCCGUUGGUGUUUCCGGUAUUCGGCCCUCCACCAAGCCAGGCCGAGCAUCCUCAGACGGCGGGGCUGUCGCAGCACGGCUUCGCGCGGUCCUCGCGGUGGGAGUUUCUCGGCAAGUCGACGUCGGAAUCGCUCAUGGGGCCAGGCAAAGGGGCGACGGACCACGGGGCGGUCAAGCUCGAUUUCGGGCUGAGCAGCGGCUCUGAGGGGCUCGACCCGCAGGCCCGCGCCCACUGGCCCUUCAAGUUCAACCUCAUCUACAGCGUCCUGCUGAGCCGCGAGAGCCUGACGACGAGCAUCGUGGCCACCAACGACGACGACAAGCCCUGGGACUGCCACGUUCUGAUGCAUACUUAUCUGCGGGUCAAGGAUAUCAACAAGGUAGAAAUCACAGGUCUGGACAAGGCUUCGUACAUUGACAAGGUCGAUGGCGCAAAGACAAAGACUGAAGAAUCGGGCAAGUUGACCAUCACGGGCGAGACUGACCGCGUGUAUUCUCCUGUUGACGGGCCUGUUUGCGUCGUUGAGAACGGCGAGACGACAUAUUCGGUGACGCGCGACAAUCUCAGCAACGUGGUCGUGUGGAACCCCUGGGCGGAUAAGGCGGCCGGCAUGGGCGACUUUGCACCCAAGGAUGGGUACAAGAACAUGCUCUGCAUCGAGCCGGGAUCGGUCAGUACUUGGCAGUCGGUAGAGGCGGGUGAUGCGUUUGAGGGUGCGCAGACUAUUACUAUUCAUCAGUGACUGUGGGCUGUUUCAGAUGACGGAGCGAGCGUGAAAGCAAACUUAUGAGGAGGUCAAAGCGAAUGUGAGCAUGGAUUUAUGUGGUUCCUGUGUCUUCUUUGCAGGUUAGCGGGGUAUGGAUCAGGGAUGGCACAAAGAUGUCAUUGGAAAGCGAAGAUGGUGAAAUGAGCUGUUGAUAGACGAGGUGUUUCCUAGAGCCAGAGGUAUCUCCUAGAGCCAGCGAACAGAAAAUGGCAAACUCCCUGCUGAAUGAUAUGCAGAUGACCUUUUAUAUUCCUCGAUCCA